CUUCAGCGACAGGCAGGCAGUCUCCCCCUGGACAGCGGAUUGGAGACUCGGGCAACAGGCGGCAACCUACCACUGGGCCUUGGGCAACAGGCGGCAACCUACCACUGGGCAGGGGCCUCGGGCAACAGGCAGCAACCUACCACUGGGCAGGGGCCUCGGGCAACAGGUGGCAACCUACCACUGGGCAGGGGCUCGGGCAACAGGCAGCAACCUACAACUGGGCAGGGGGGCCUCGGGCAACAGGCGGCAACCUUCCACUGGGCAGGGGCCUCGGGCAACAGGCGGCAACCUACCACUGGGCAGGGGCCUCGGGCAACAGGCGGCAAUCUACCCCUGGGCAGGGGCUCAGGCAACAGGCAGCAACCUACCACUGGGCAGGGGCCUCGGGGACUGAACGGGACUCUAGCUGUGGAGACUGGCCACAGCACAGCUCCCACCCAGCUUUCUAGGGUCAUUGGGUUCAUGGGGACUCAACGGGUAGCGAUGGCUCAAGCACUCAGGGGCACCACAGGUAGCUAUACUCCGGGCAUGCCAUCAGGACACGGGUGGUCAGUGCACACUCAGGGCAGUUCGGAACACGGGUGGUCGGUGCACACAGCAGGCACAGUUCAGGACACAGGUUGUGGGUGCACACAGCCGGGAUAGUUCAGGACACAGGUGGUCAGUGCACACAACAGGAACAGUUCAGGAC